GAGGACAGAGAGAGAGAGAGAGAGAGAGAGAGACAGUGGGAACUGAUUGAGGACAGAGAGAGAGAGAAUGCAAAACAAGACUGAGUUAUGAAUGUGGGAUUUUUUCAGAACAAAACUAGGCAGAGAGUGUCAGGCAUUUACAGGGCAGAGGUGGCAAGGUGGGUGGGGUGGCCGGUGAGUACACAUUAUCUGCUGGUACAGACAGCACUGGGGAUUACAGGCUUUGAGUUGCCUGCUCAGUGCUCACAAGAACUCCCAGUGUGAUAGCUACCCGUGCUAGCCCAGUAAUCAAGUAACAGGUUACGGUAAAUUGGCCAAGAUGCCUUUUGUAGAAACCCUGGCGAAUGUGGCUCUGCGGGUGCCCAGUGUCAUGCUGCUGGACCUGCUUUACAAAUGGGACGUUGGUCACUUUGCUGAACAGAUCCGAGCCAGGAAUGAGGAAAUGCACAUCAAAUAUAAGUAUGUUUUGUGGAAUGCAUACUAUUUGGGUCAUCUUCUCAGUGUGUUUGUGCUUGUGUUGCCCCUCCAGCAUUUGGUGAAGCUGUACCUGUAUUUACUGACUGCCUCAUUGCUGUACUUGGGACACCAGACCUGCAGGAGCUACAUUCUCAAAGAACUUGAAUCUGGGUACGACGGAGCAGUGUAUUUUGACUUAGUGGCACUUCAGCGUUUUGUAAGUGCUCUAACAGCUCAACUCCUGGUCUUGUCUCUCAGCUCUUUCUUCAUGAGGCCCAAGCCAUUCUGGUUGUUCUCCGCUCACUUGGUCCCUUUGCUCGCCAGGCUCUUUUUGGUGCCCCUCACUGCCCUCCUCAUCCUCAACAAGUUGGCCAUCAUCUUCACCAGCCUUGAGGUGCUCUACUUCCUGUUGUGCAACAUGUUUGUGCCCUACAACCUGGCCAAGUCCGCCUACCGGGAGAUUGUGCAGGAGAGUGAGCUGUAUGGAGUGCUGGGCCUAGGCAUGAUGCUGUGGAACCAGUUUGCGGUGCCAGCCCUCCUCACCACAUUCUGGCUGGUCCUGUUUGUCACAGAGAUCUACUUCUACUUCAGUUCGCGCCGCCAGCAGGGGGCAUCACAGGAGGGGCUGGACUUCGCCUUCCUCACCAGCGUAGCUGGGUGCUGUGUCACUCCGUACUCUCUGGUGGGCCUGACAUUCACGGUCUCCCGUCUGUCGCUGGGCUUGCUCACUCUGUGCAAAUUUUACCUUCAGGGAUAUUCAGCUUUUGCGAAUGGCAACCUCAUGCACAGAGGUGUGACCGAAGGGGUGACCUUUCUGCUGCUGGCGCUACAGACUGACCUCAUAGACCUGCAUGUCCUGCAGCGUACCUUCCUGCUCAGCAUCAUCUUGUUCAUCAUAGUCGCCUCCAUCCUCCAAUCGAUGUUGGAGAUCACUGACCCCAUCGUGCUUGCCCUGGGAGCUUCCCGGAACAGGAGUUUGUGGAAGCAUUUCCGUGCCAUCAGCAUGUGUCUUUUCCUGUUGGUCUUUCCCAGUUUCAUGGCCUAUAGGAUUGCACAGUUUUUCAAGAUGGACUUCUGGCUAUUGAUCAUCAUCUCCAGCAGUGCGCUGACCUCUCUCCAGGUUACUGGGACUAUAUUCAUCUACGGGCUGUUUGUGACUGAGGACCUGAGGGGGGAACCCAUCGAGAACCUGGAGGACGUCAUCUACUACGUCAACAGCUCGUGCCGGGUCCUAGAGUUCCUUGUGGCAGUGUGCGUCGUGGCCUACGGCGUGAUGGAGUCCAUCUUCGGGGAAUGGAGCUGGAUGGGCGCCUCGGUCAUUGUCGUGCACUCUUACUUCAACGUCUGGCUGCGCGCCCGCGCUGGCUGGAACAGCUUUGUCCUCCGCAGAGAGGCCGCCCGGAAGAUCAGCUCUCUGCCCCGCGCCUCCCAACAACAGCUUGCUGACUACGCUGAUGUGUGUGCCAUCUGCUACCAGGGCAUGAGGGCUGCUGUUGUAACAGUUUGCGGACAUUAUUACCAUUCAUCGUGUCUCCGGCGCUGGCUGUAUGUCCAAAAAACAUGUCCCAUGUGCCAUCAAUUCAUAAAGCCAUCGCCCCCUCCAUCUGAACCUCCUCAGCAGACCGAGGAGGAGGGACAGAUUCAUGAUCAACAACCAGUCCUUCAGGGAGACAAUGAAGCCACUGGGACAGCAGUGCCUUUGGGAGGUGAUGAGGAACAAACCGAGACCUCAGACUUUGGGCCUAGCUCCAGCGGAGAUGGCGAACUGCAGUGUGAAGGUCAGGGAAAGGUCACAAGCCAGGUCGAAGAUGAGGAUUCUUACCAGAGGGCAGAACCUGAAAAGUCCCAGACUCCAAAGGGAGGCUGGCAUCUUGGAAUUCCAGAAUUGGAAGAAAACAACUCCGCGGACGGAAUGGACUUGGUUGAAAUAGAGAGAGAAAAUGAAAAGGAGAGCCCGGUCUGUGGGAAAGCUCCUUCCAAGGAACUAAGCCUCCUGCCUAGCGCAGGCGGAGAGAGUGAACAGGACACUCUGUGCAAUGAGUCAGCAAAUCGAGAUGUUAAACCUCUUCCAGACAAAGCAGGGGCGCCAGCAAACAGCAGGGAUUCUUCACCAAUCUCCACAAGGAACCAACCCUCAGGAAUAGAACUGACUUUGCCUGAUGAAGAAAGUUGACCUUGUUACGACUUGGCAAGACAGGAGAGAAUGAUAGGAUAUAAACUAUGUUCCUGUUAAAACAGAAUUGGUUUGUGUUGCCAUUCAGCUUGUCCACUCAACAUGUGUGUACAUAUAUGCAUAUAUAUCUAUAAAAAAUUGAACUCUGA